UAUGGCGGAAUUGACGCGCUGAUCGUCUCUUUCGCAAGAUGGCUGCUGUUGUUCGGGAUGCAGAUUGAGCGCAGGCUGUCAUCCGAAAACAGGCCGAGACCACGCAUACGAAGCGGCUGAGAUACCGCUGCUGAAACACGACUGGACCCGAAUCCGGAUCCCUUAAACCGAACCUAACUCUUUCCCGAAGUAGGGGGCGCAGUGACCCAUCGCAGACAUGGACACCACUACAUCCAUCAAGAUGACCACCCUGGCCAUCCAGAACCUGUUCAGCUACGUGGAGGAGGAGAACCUGGCUGCUCUCAAAGCUCACCUGGACCGCUUCAAGGAGGUGGACGGGCGCAGUGAUAACGGUCAGACUCCGUUGAUGCUGGCAGCUGAGCAAGGCAGUCUGGAUAUCGUCCAGGAGCUCAUCAGGAGAGGAGCCAACGUGAACCUGGACGACGUGGACUGCUGGUCAGCUUUGAUCUCUGCAGCUAAAGAAGGUCAUCUGGAGGUAGUGAAGGAGCUGCUGGAGAACAGCGCCUACAUCGAACACAGAGACAUGGGAGGAUGGACCGCUUUGACCUGGGCCUGUUACAAAGGUCGUGUGGAGGUCGCCACGGUGCUGCUGGAGCACGGAGCCAACCCCAACACCACAGGACAACAGUUUAGCGUGUACCCCAUCAUCUGGGCCGCAGGUCGAGGACACUCUGAAAUCGUUAAACUUCUGCUGCAGAAUGGAGCCAAAGUCAACUGUUCUGACAAGUACGGGACCACGCCGCUGAUAUGGGCGGCCAGAAAAGGACACUUCGACUGCGUGAUGCACCUGCUGGAGAACGGGGCUGAUGUCGACCAGGAGGGGGCGAACUCAAUGACGGCGCUGAUCGUGGCAGUGCGGGGCGGCUACACGGAGGUGGUGAAGGAGCUGCUGAAGAGGAACCCGAACGUCAACAUGACGGACAAAGACGGGAACACGGCGCUAAUGAUCGCUGCCAAGGAGGGCUACACCGAGAUCGUCCAGGACCUGCUGGACGCAGGGACCUACGUCAACAUCCCCGACCGAAGUGGAGACACGGUGCUGAUUGGAGCAGUGAGGGGCGGGCACGUGGAGAUAGUCAGAGCUCUCCUGCACAAAUACGCCGACAUCGACAUCAGGGGGCAGGACAGUAAGACGGCUCUGUACUGGGCCGUAGAGAAAGGAAACGGCACCAUGGUGAGAGACAUCCUGCAGUGUAACCCCGACACCGAGACCUGCACCAAGGAUGGAGAGACUCCUCUGAUUAAAGCCACUAAGAUGAGAAACAUUGAGAUCGUGGAGCUGCUGCUCGAUAAAGGAGCCAAAGUGUCGGCUGUGGACAAGAAAGGAGACACUCCUCUGCACAUCGCUAUACGUGGCCGCAGCCGCCGUCUGGCCGAGCUGCUCCUCAGGAACCCCAAAGAUGGCCGCCUGCUGUACCGGCCCAACAAGGCCGGGGAGACGCCCUACAACAUCGACUGCAGCCACCAGAAGAGCAUCCUCACACAGAUCUUUGGAGCCCGUCACCUGUCCCCCACCGAGUCUGACGGAGACAUGCUGGGCUACGACCUGUACAGUUCUGCUCUGGCUGACAUCCUGAGCGAGCCCACCAUGCAGCCCCCCAUCUGUGUGGGUCUGUACGCCCAGUGGGGCAGCGGAAAGUCCUUCCUGCUCAAGAAACUGGAGGACGAGAUGAAGACGUUUGCGGGUCAGCAGAUCGAGCCGUUGUUUCAGUUCUCCUGGCUGCUAGUGGUUCUGUCCCUGCUGCUGUGUGGCUCCGUGGCCAUCGUCCUUGGCUUCACUGUGGACCCUAUGCUGGCCUUGGCUGUGUCCCUGAGCCUGCUGGCGCUGCUCUACCUUUUCUUUGUGGUGGUGUACUUCGGAGGGCGCCGGGAAGGCGACAACUGGACCUGGGCGUGGCUGCUCAGCACCCGUCUGGCCCGUCACAUCGGGUAUCUGGAGCUGUUGCUAAAGUUGAUGUUCGUCAACCCGCCGGAGCUCCCGGAGCAGAGCACCAGGGCUCUGCCGGUCAGGUUCCUGUUCACGGACUACAACCGUCUGUCCAGCGUCGGAGGAGAGACGUCGAUGGCCGAGAUGAUCGCCACGCUCUCCGACGCCUGUGAGAGAGAGUUCGGAUUCCUCGCCACACGUCUGUUCAGAGUGUUUAAGACGGAAGAGGCGCAAGGUAAGAGGAAGUGGAAGAAGACCUGCUGCGUGCCGUCCUUCAUCAUAUUCGCCCUGGUGCUGACCUGCCUGCUCACCGGCAUGGCGCUGCUGGCCGUCUUCAAGGUGGAUGGGCAGAACCAGACAGUAAAUGCGGUUCUGAUCGCCAUCAGCAGUGUGGUGGGCCUGGCUCUGCUGCUGAACUGCAGGACGUGGUGGCAGGUGACGGACUCGGUGCUGAACUCUCAGAGGAAGAGGCUGCACGGCGCCGCCAACAGGAUGCACAAGCUGAAGAGCGAGGGCUUCAUGAAGGUCCUGAAGCACGAGGUGGAGCUGAUGGCGCGCAUGGCUAAGACCAUCGACAGCUUCACGCAGCAUCAGACCCGGCUGGCGGUCGUCAUCGACGGACUGGACUCCUGCGAACAGGACAAAGUUCUGCAGAUGCUCGACACGGUGCGGGUUUUGUUCUCCAAAGGCCCCUUCAUCUCCAUCUUUGCCAGUGACCCUCACAUCAUCAUCAAGGCCAUUAACCAGAACCUGAACAGCGUCCUCAGAGACUCCAACAUCAACGGACACGACUACAUGCGGAACAUCGUCCACCUGCCCGUCUUCCUCAACAGCAGGGGUCUCUCCAGCGCCAAGAAGAUGUGUGGCGCAGCGCCCACCAACGGGGACGCCGCCAACGCUGAUGCAGGGUGGCACGAGGAGCUGGACAGGAAACUGUCUCAGCACAGUUUGGGUGAAUUGACCAAGUUUGGCAGCAAGACGACGCUGAACCGCCGGGACACCUACCGACGGCGACAGGUGCAGCGCUCGGUGACCCGGCAGAUGUCCUUCGACCUGACGAAGCUGAUGGUGACGGAGGACUGGUUCAGUGACAUCAGCCCACAGUCCAUGAGGAGGCUGCUGAACAUCGUCUCGGUCACGGGUCGCCUGCUGCGAGCCAAUCAGAUCACCUUCAACUGGGACCGCCUGGCGUCGUGGAUCAACCUGACAGAGCAGUGGCCUUACAGGACGUCGUGGCUCAUCCUGUUCCUGGAGGAGACCGACGGAGUCCCCGACCAGGCCACGCUCAAGACCAUCUACGAGAGAGUGAGUAAGAACAUCCCCACCACCAAAGACAUGGAACCUCUGCUGGAGAUCGACGGCGACGUCCGCAGCUUUGAGGUCUUCCUGUCUUCUCGAACCCCCGUCCUGACUGGCAGAGACAUCCGCACCUUCCUGCCCUGCACUGUCAACCUGGACCCCAAACUCAGAGAGAUCAUUGCGGAUGUUCGUGCAGCUCGGGAGCAGAUGAGUAUGGGUGGAGUCACAUACCCGUCCCUCCCCCUGCAGGAGGCCCAGGCCCGGCCCACCUCUGUCUACAGCCAGGUGUCGUCCACGUGCUCGCCCUCCGCCUCCUUCAGCGGGCCCUUCAACCCACCAGCAGGGGGCGUCUCCCCGCAGCCACACAGUAGCUACUACAGCGGCCUGGCCGGACCGCAGCACCCCUUCUACAACAGACCAUAUUUCCCCCAUCACCUUUACCAGCUGCCACGGCCCCUCGUGGCCCCCUCCUACUUAUCUCACCUCCACCCACGCCCGCUCCCUAAAAGCAGCAGAGACGCCGGCACUGCGCCUUCUAAAGCUUCAUCUCUGAGACGGAAGCAGGGCGCCGCCUCCAUUGUGUCGGCCGCUCCGGCCAUCCUCCUCAGCUCCAUGACGACCGAGGCCGUCUGUGAGCGUGUGCGUCAGAUCGAAGGCAUUGACCAGAGCAUGAUGGGACAAUACGCAGCCACCAUCAGGAAGGCGAACGUGAAUGGCAGAGUUUUAUCUCAGUGCAACAUUGACGAGCUGAAGAAGGAGAUGAACAUGAACUUUGGGGACUGGCAGCUGUUUCGAGCCACGGUCCUGGACAUGCGCCUCAUAGAGAAUCAGGUGCUGCACGAGGAAGCAGCCAGUGAGCAAGGCAGCAUUAUUGGUGGCAACGUCGAGCCUGGAAGACGAGCGGCAGCUCCUCCUCGUGCCGGCGGCGCCAACACGGACGCAUCACCGAUGUACAGCUUCAACCUGAGCUUCGAGGAGCUCAGCACCGUGGGACUGGACGACCCGGCCCGACAGGCUAACGCUCCGUGGAUGGGUGCUGCUCACCGCACCAACAGCAUGACCAGCCUGAACUCACAGGAGUCCUCCAACGACAUCUCCAAGCUGACGGACAAGCAGCAAGCUGAGUACCGCGACGCCUACCAGGAAUACAUCGCCCAGAUGGCUCAGCUGGAGAUGGGAGGCAGCAGCAACAGGGACCGACCGGUCCAGCCGCAGCCCGGACAGUUCAUGACUCCACCGUCUGAGGACAAAAGCAAGGACGGCGCAGAGUUGGACGGACGCAAGUCCUUCACCAAGAAGAGCAGCAGCAAGCCGGCGGCAGACAACAUGGACUUCACCCCGAACAGCGACGGCCUGGACCCCAUCACCGAGGAGGACGAAAAGGGAGAACACGGAUCCUCCAAGUCUCUGUUGACCCGCAAGACGUCUGCAGACAGAGGCGGGCUGUUCCAGGGCGCCGCAGACCUGAAGCUGAAGACCGGGGGAGGGCUGCGCUACCAGAAACUGACCAGCGACGACGAGGAGUCGGAGGAGUCCGACAACGCUCCCCUGCUGAAAGACGGCAAGAAGGUGGCGGAGGCCAAGGUGCCCGGUGGCUCGCUGGCGCUGAAGGGGAAGGACUACCUGUCCGACGCCAUGCUGGACAAGAAGGACUCGUCCGAUUCUGGCGUUCGCUCCAACGAGAGCUCGCCCAACCACUCGCUGCAGGACGAGGAGGCGGAUCUGUCGCAGCUGGACAGGCCAAACCUCAUCGAGCUGGAUGAGGAGAGCCUGGCCAGGAAGCGCGGCCUUCCCAGCAGCCUCAGCGGCCUCCAGGACCCAGCCGUCACCCGCAUGUCCAUCUGCUCAGAGGACCAGUGCAGCCUGCUGGCCAGCAGCCCUGAGGAGAGCUGGCCCUCAUCCAAGACCUACAACCUGAACCGCACGCCCAGCAACGUGACACUCAACAACAACACCAACAUGCAGCAGGGCAACCACCCUCGCCAGCCUGCAGAGGGCUCCUCCUCCUCCUCCACCAGCGACGUCAUCCUGUCCCCGAGCUCCGGCACCACCAGGCCGGGCCCGAACAACGAGAACAUCCGUGUGGUUCACCUGAAGAGGGGCCUGAAACCCGGGGACCCCCCGGAGAUCUGCACCGUGUCCUCCGACACCGUCACGUUUGGCGAGGAACGCGAGAGCAUCCUGUGAAGACGACGGGAGCCCUGAGGUCCACCCGGAGCCGCCCCCGGCAGAGGUUCGGAGGUGGUUUCAGUCAUUGUGUGUUCGUCAGUGCAUUAGUGCUGUAGUCAGUUGAUGGACCUCAGUGAUGUAGUGACACUGUUCUAGUAGGAGCAGCUGCAUGUUGGUGUUCACUGAUAUUUUAAGUGUCUGAGAAGCCGAGCGGCAUAGUUGUGCACCGUCUUUGUGUCUGAGUGGGCUUAAAUAAAAUCAAAAGAUUCUAAAAGAAGGUUAAAAAACCUGAAGUGACAGUGUUAACUAGUGGCUGAAGCGUUUUAUUGUAACUGUGAAUCAGUGAUCGUGUUCUGUCUAAUGCACCUUGAUGUUUGUGUCGGUUAGGGUUAGGGUUAGGGCGAGUGGAAACAACCAAAACCAAACCAGAUUAAAACUUCAGUUUAUUUAUUUACUGCCAUGAACAAUUAAAGGUUCUCCAGCUGCUAAUCUUGGAAAUUGGUGUUGAAAUUGUUGGAAAAUACAAGUGAUCAAAUUCUAUCUUUGUAUCUCACUUGACUCUAAAAACAUUUAAAGUAAGAGGUUCAGUUGCUUUUGUUGAUUUUGAAAAGCACUUGAUAUGAAGCAAUGUGUGUUUGGAGGAAUCUCUCCUUUAAUCGUGUGACUAAAAACAGAAUAAAAUCUAUCAAUGUUGACUGUUAAA